AUGGAGGGACAGGAGCAAACCAAACGAACUAGGUUGAAUCCUCCAGGUUUCUGCUUCCUAGCUCCCAAAGCUGACUCGGGAGCUGGGCUGGCAGAGGAAGGCCUGUCGGGCUCAGAGAGGCAGGGGGCUUAUGCUCUAUCCCCACAUCCUGGAAUAAAUCACUUCCUCUCCUCUCCGCUGCUCUACCAGAACAAAGGAAUGCCAGCAUCCUGCACUGUUCGUGCCAGCUUCCCCUGCCCCCUCUUCUGCAGUGUGGCCGUCUUCGGGCAUAAUGCUGGGAGUUCUUGGUCCAUUCUACAUUAUAACCUCAAAUCCAAAACCUACAACCCCAACCCUCUCCCAAACCCUCUACCAAAAAGUCACCGAGGCAGAGAAGCAUUCCAGAGCUCCCAUCGCACCUUCUUCCAGAGGGGCACAGCUGUGGGAAGUGCUUAA